AUCUCUAUGCAUAUUUUGUUCCAUACAUUUUAUUCUUCUAAGUUAUAAAAGUAGUAACUCCCUUUCCCUUCUUUAAUCUCCACUUUGAACGCAAGCAACAAUGGAGAUCAUCACAAUCAUCUUCCUCACCAUCAUCUCUCUCAUCUUCAUCAAACUCAUCUUCUUCUCCCCUCCCCACAAACUCCCACCAGGCCCACCUCGUUUCCCGGUGAUCGGAAACAUAAUCUGGCUCAAGAAAAACAGCUUCUCAGACUUCCAAGGCGUCCUCCGCGACUUAUCCUCCCGUCACGGACCAAUCAUAACCCUCCACGUAGGCUCAAAGCCUUCAAUAUGGGUCACCGACAGGUCCCUCGCCCACGAAGCCCUCGUCCAAAACGGCGCCGUUUUCUCCGACCGCCCUCUCGCUCUCCCGACCACCAGAGUCAUCACGAGCAACCAGCACGACAUACACUCCUCCGUCUACGGCUCUCUCUGGAGAACCCUCCGCCGGAACCUCACGUCAGAAAUCCUCCAGCCGGCCCGCGUUAAGGCCCAUGGGCCGUCGAGGAAAUGGGCUUUGGAGAUUCUCGUCGAUCUCUUCGAAACGGAGCAGAGAGAGAAAGGCUUCGUCUCGGAGGCGUUGGAUCAUCUCCGACACGCGAUGUUCUGUCUGCUUGCUCUGAUGUGUUUCGGGGAGAAACUUAAAAGAGAAGAGAUCAAAGAGAUCGAAGAGGCUCAGUACCAGAUGCUCAUAAGCUACACCAAGUUCAGCGUCCUCAACAUCUUCCCGAGUGUCACCAAGUUCUUGCUCCGGCGAAAGUGGAAAGAGUAUCUAGAACUCCGGAAGUCUCAGGAGAGCGUCUUGCUCAAAUUCGUGAACGCUAGGGGGAGAGAAACCUCCGGAGAUGUUCUCUGCUACGUCGACACGCUGUUGAAUCUCGAGAUUCCGACGGAGGAAGACGAAGGGAAGAGGAGGAAGCUGAGCGACUCGGAGAUAGUGAGCCUCUGCUCGGAGUUUCUAAACGCGGCGACGGAUCCUACCGCGACGGCCAUGCAGUGGAUCUUGGCGAUCAUGGUGAAGUAUCCGGAGAUACAGAGGAAGGUGUACGAGGAGAUGAAGAGUGUUUUGGAAGAAGGGGAAGAGAUCAGAGAAGAGGAUUUGGGGAAGCUGAGUUAUCUCAAAGCUGUGAUCUUGGAGAGUUUGAGAAGACACCCUCCUGGUCAUUACUUGUCUUACCAUAAGGUUACUAACGACACCGUUUUGGGUGGUUUCCUCGUUCCGCGCCAAGGUACUAUAAACUUCAUGGUAGGAGAAAUGGGCCGUGACCCGAAGAUAUGGGAGGAUCCUUUAACGUUCAAGCCAGAACGUUUUCUAGAGAACGGGGAAGCGCAUGGGUUCGAUAUGACCGGAACUCGUGAGAUCAAGAUGAUGCCGUUUGGAGCCGGACGAAGGAUGUGUCCGGGUUACGGUCUUUCACUACUUCACCUUGAAUACUAUGUGGCCAAUUUGGUUUGGAAGUUUGAGUGGAAAUGCGUAGAAGGUGAAGAGGUUGAUCUCUCUGAGAAGCAACAGUUCAUCACAAUGGUCAUGAAAACCCCUUUCAAGGCAAAUAUGUAUUCAAGGAAAAAGUGAUGUUGCUUUGACUUGAUGGCAAUAUGUAUGUAAAAUAUAUAUAUGUUUUUAUUAUAGUCAAACAUUUUAUUUUGAAAUA